AUGGCAACCUUCAAUAUACAGCCGGUGCAGCGCUUCGCUGGGGCCAAUACCUCUAUCCGGCGACCAAGAAUUGCCUGCUUCUCAUAUGACGAUCAACGUCGUUUCUCGCUGGGAGAUUCUUCCAUGGCCUACUAUUACACGCCAAAUUUGCCUGCAGACCUCAAUAAAGGCUACGACACUUUUCAGAAGCUAAACGAUGUGGCAGAUGAGCAUCUGGAUGCUCUCCUUGACACCUUGAUGGCUCACGAGAAAGAGACAGAGAAAAAGUGUGAGGUUGACAUCGUGACAUGGCGAGGGAUGAUGACCAAGAUUCUAACGGCUCCUUACGACAAUAUGAAUGGUUUCGAGAUGAAUGCAACCUGUUUCCAGGGCACAAUAUUCAUUGAAGAAAACAAUGAGUACAAAAAUCAACAGAAAGAGAUCCAACGCAAACGAGGAUCACCGCCUGGAAUGGCGCCACAAGAGCUCAUGAUGUAUUGGGGCUACAAGUUCGAAAACUUGGCCGUCCUUCGAAAAACCUGGGACGAAUCCACUCGAGAAGAAAUCGAAGGCCGAGAGGACGAUGUGGUCAACAAUGCAGCACAAUAUUGCUCCGUCGUGCGCACGGGUAUUGGCAAUGUACGCAUGGUCCUUGGAGGAGAGGUUGAUGCAAUCUGGGAUAGCAAACCAUGGAAAAAAGAUGCACCAAUCAACUGGGUGGAGUUGAAGACCUCGGCUCAGAUUCGAAAUGAUAGAGACAUGAUCAAGUAUGAGCGAAAGCUGCUCAAGUUCUGGGCUCAGUCCUUUUUGCUGGGCGUGCCCAAGAUUAUUGUCGGCUUCCGUGAUCAAGAUGGAAUCUGCCACAGCUUGGAAGAGCUAGACACGGCUAGUAUUCCUGGAAAGGUUUUGAACGUUGGCCGACGGACCUGGGAUGGUAAUACUUGCAUCAACUUUACCGGUGCUUUCUUGGAGUGGCUCAAGCAGACCAUCAAUCGUGAGGGAACAUGGCGAAUUCGCAAGAAGGAGAAAUCACCGCUGAUUGAGGUUUUCCAAGUCGAAGAGCAAGGGCACGGCGAUAUCCUCUCCCCAGCCUUCAAGGCCUGGCGAGCGGAGACAGGUGCAGAGGUGAAUUAA